AUGUGGACAGGGUCGGCGGAGAGUGGCGGCGGGGGGCGGCAGGUGGACUUGAUAGAGUCGCUCCAGCUAUGGAACACCAGCUUCCAAGGGCUCACCGUCAUCCCUGGACCCAGACCCAUCGCCCCGGCCAUCUUCCUCCAAGGGGAAACUAGGGAGGUGAGGGUGCCGGAGGCUGUGCAGGCAGCAGCCGCAGCGUUACUGAGUAGUUCGCGAGAAUUCACAGUGAUGGCGACGCUGCAGCAGGAGGACCGGAAUGCUGGCACCAUCCUGGCCUUCUCGCGGGGCAACCAGCGGUACCUGGAGCUGCAGUCCUCCGGCAGGAAAGAUGAGCUUCGUCUACACUACAUACACAAUGGUGCUGUUCAUGUCGAGACCUUCCCUUACCGCAUCGCAGAUCAACGCUGGCACAAGGUAUCAGUGGUGGUGAGUGGUACUCAGGUUGAAGUAUGGGUAGAUUGUUCUCGUGUUUAUCGACGCCUAGCUCCACCUCCCAUGACCAAUUUGACAGCCCUAGCCUCUUUGGCUCCACCCAUUGACCCUGCAGAUCCCACACUUACUCAAGAUCCCACCUUUCAUGAUGCUCCCUUGGCUCUCUAUUUGGGCCAACGUAAUGCCAAACAUUUUCUGUUUAAGGGAGCCCUACAGGAUGUGCGUUUAGUGUCUGGGGCAGGGGGCUACUUGUUGCAGUGUCCUCAAGCAGAUGCUGAAUGUCCAACCUGUGGACAGUUUCAGACAUUAUCUGAUCAAGUCGACCAACUACAACACCUUGUCACUCAACUGGCAACUCGGCUGACGGCAUCAGAGGCCCGGUUAGCUGCUGUGGAGGAAUGCGAUUGUCAAAGAUCAUGUCGAGUUAAUGGUACAGUCAGACAGGAUGGUGCUACAUGGAAGAGUGGCUGUGAGAUUUGUUCUUGUGUGCAUGGCGAGGUAACUUGCCGACCAGUGCCGUGCCCAGCCAGGACAUGCAAGAACCCUGUGUACACUGAAGGAGAGUGUUGCCCCGUAUGCCUAAAACAAUGUUCACUGAAAGGUGUAGUAUAUGACCACGGGGAGACCGUAUCACCACGGCAGUGUGUCGACUGUGAAUGCAGAGACGGCAAGAUGCAAUGUCGACGGGUUGACCCAGAAGAGACGUGCCCACCCCUUCCCUGUCCUGAAGAGCGGCAGUUCUCGGUUCCAGGGCAGUGCUGCAAGUUCUGUCCCGGUGUAGAUUAUUGUGCUCAAGGUCACAACUGCCAUCCAAAUGCUACGUGCAUCAACCUCCAGACAACUUUCGCUUGCCACUGCAAUGCUGGGUUCACUGGCACCAAUGGACGAACUUGCACAGACAUUGAUGAAUGCCGUGAAGUUGGUGCCCAUCACGGACACUACUGUCAAGCUCACACUCAAUGUGUCAACACUGUCGGCUCCUAUGUUUGUCAAUGUGAAGAAGGCUAUGUCCGUGUCGACGAACUUACCUGCGUAGAGAGAGACGAGUGCAGUGAGGGAGCCCACCAGUGUCACGAACAUGCUUCGUGCACCAAUACGCGUGGAGGUUAUCACUGUACUUGCCAUGCAGGGUAUUCUGGAGAUGGCUUUAAAUGCAGUCCUGUGUGCAAUACAACUUGUGAAAAUGGCGGCGUGUGUAUUACACCUGGUAAAUGUGAGUGUCGACGAGGCUUUAGAGGACAGGCUUGUGAGCUGGAUGUUGACGAGUGUGCGCUGCAGCUUCACCAAUGCCAUCCUAAUUCACGCUGUGUUAACCUUCCUGGUUGGUAUACUUGUCACUGCCUUCCAGGGUAUACCUCCCUCUUGGCAGAUAACAGUCAAGGCCUUCUUUGCAAAGAUGUGGAUGAAUGUAGUGCAGGAACAGCUACUUGUCAUGAAUCAGCUACCUGUGUAAACACAGAAGGAUCCUUCUUAUGCACCUGUGACAAUGGCACUACCUGCUCCCAUGGCUGUGUGGUGAAUGGGUUAGAGCGACCACAUGGUGACGUGUGGACACCUCCAGGUUCUGAGUGUUCUCAGUGCAUAUGUUCGGAGGGUACUGUGACUUGUGAUCGUUUCAUUUGUGACUGUUCUGAUCCCAAUGUUAACCUUAAGUGUUGUCCUCAUUGUGAUCCUCGUGCCUCUUGCUCCCAUCAGUCACAACAGCACAUCACCUUUCACAGUGGUCAGCGUUGGAUAUUUCAAUGCCAGACCUGUGAAUGCCUUUAUGGAGAAAUAGAUUGCUGGCCUCUAGAAUGUCCACCAGUACAUUGUUCAUUCCCUGAACGGGCACCAGGCGACUGCUGUGCCCGAUGCCCAGAUGAUCCCUGCAUGGCUUCAGAACCCACGAACACUAGCAUGGGUACUGGCCUUGUUGACACGUCUGUUCCUCAAGGGUGCCACUACCUAAGUGCCACAUAUCCUCCUGGUGCCGAGUGGGCAGCAUUAAAUGAUGACUGCGUUACCUGCAGGUGUCAGAUGCCGUACUGCUGGGAGGGUGGAGGUCGGGGUGGCGCGGUCCGUGUACACCGGGUGGACAAGUGUGUUGUCGUUACCGCAGCAGCUGUGUGGGUGAUGGGUACUGGACUGCCAUUCCAGUUAUCCUCCAUGGUGCUUCGUGGGUUGGGAACACUCCACCUUCUAGUGUUGGGAGUGCUCAUGUGCUUUAUAGCUCCCCUUCUUCGCUGCUUCACAGCUCUGUGGCGGCUGUUGCUGAAAUUGCCACAGGUAUGGAUGGUACCCCUAUCACCCUCAAGAAAGCCAAUAGUGAACCCAUCAGGAGAAACCUGCACCAGUCCAGUUCUGCCCUCACCCCGUCGCCCACCAGACCUGCCCCUCGCCCUUUUGCCCCCUUUGUGGUGGGCAUUAAAAUUCCAAUGGGUAGGAGUCCCCUGCCCUAUGAUGUGCCUCAGACUUUUGCCCCACUGGGGACAAUUAGUGAUAGUGACAUUGCAAAGACUUAUGAGUUGCCAGAUAUUUGGCACCAUAGACACUUAUAUCGAAAUCCCAUCUCAUGGAUCCAAUCUCGCAAAGCACAAUUAUUCAGGGAGGGCCGAGAGAGGCAGAGAAAUGGAGAACCAUAAGCUAAAUAGGGCACAAGAUAAAAUGUGCCUCAGUUUAAUCCCCAGAGCCACAUCACCUACCUGAGGCUGGCCUUGCCCCGCCACACCACGACUCACUCGGCAGCAGAAGGUAGCUUAUAUAUCUCUGCCUUCUGCUCAUUUAAUGCAGGCUUUAUGAGGAAAAUCAUCAUACAGAGGAUAUAGUUACCACUUAACUGGUUGAUGGGAGCUGGAAUGCCCAUAGACAAGAAUAGUAACCAGUUAGCAAAAAAUUAAAUGUCCCAUUUUUGCCAUCUACAAAUUGUGAGGCAGCAGCGAGGGGUGACAGAUCAUUCUCCAUGGUAGCUGCUCAUUACCAACUUCUCUCGUGCAGCUCGUCUUGAUAAGUUGCAUUGCUCCCAUGCCCUCCGCAGCAGCAACAGCUAUUGCAAGUUGUAGCUCCAACAGUGAGGUCUGUACUCUAGUCUGCCUUGGCUGUAGCCUCGUCUGCCUCUGCCUGUCAAGCGUUAAGUCUUCCUCAAGUCGUGGUCAGUGUAGCGGUGGUCCUUGGGGAUGUGAAGCGCCCUGAUACAGUGUUCCUGGGACUGUAUGGUCCAUUUGUCCCAAAUUAUUGGCUGAAACUUAGAAUUCGGGAUAGUGUAAAGCGGGUGCUCGGCGGUAUGGUUGUGUUGUACAUAUCAUGUAUAUAGCGUUUAGGCUCACCAAGCCAAUAAUUAUUUUGGUGAUUCAAAGUGAAUGUUGCCAUAGCCCAGACUGCCAUGAAUUGAUGCAAAGACUGUUCACUUGUUUUAUCUCUGGUCAUUCCAUAUCCUGCUAGUCAUGUUAGUCUUGUCCUGAUUUUGUUGCAUAAGGUACUGUCAUAUUGUGCAUUUACAACAUACAGGAAUAUACAUUCCUUUUGUCGCAUAAAUGAAAAUGUUGAGAUUUUACAAAUGUUAUCCUGCACAUAUAGUUACAUAUUAUCAAGUCUCUAGUCAUUCCUAAUCAAUAUCUGCUGACUAAACUGCCUACAGAAUGAUUGGGUAAACUCAGUAUUGUUAUCAAACAACAAUUAUCUGUGUAUCUACUUGUCUAUGUCCUGUCAACGUUUGUCACACUGGCAGAAAAACAAGUCACUGGUGACCUUUGGGCUUUUGCAUGUUGCCAUCUGUCUUUGCCCCCUGUUUAACAACCUUCUAGACACACACAUGGUUUAGUUGUUUGUUAGGAGAAAAACACGAGCACAAUACCAGUCAGUGGAGUUGUCAUGUUUGGACUGCUCUGCAUUUUCUUGUGUGCUCAAACAUUUGUUGAUGAGUAUGUGGGAUUCUUGUAAUCCCUAUUUCACACUUUAAUACACACACCAUAUGUAUUAUAUGUGUGUGUGUGUGUGUAAUGUAUGUAUGUAAUGUAUGUAUGUAUAUAUA